AUGCCUCCCCGCCGGGCGGUUCGCUCGGUGAGCAGGAAGAGCACUCCUCUAUCGCCUCCAAGGGCAUCUUCGACCAACGUUCCUGUCGACACGCCAACUCCAAACAAACGCGCUACCAGAUCCUCCAGUCGCAAUGUCACCGCUGCCCACCAGCAGCCGCGAAGUAUUGACGAGGUCCUGGCCACCGUGCACGAGGGAUAUGAAUCACAGCGCGACGACGAGCUCGGCGAUAGGAAUCCGCCCUCUCGCGAACUGAGUACUGAUGGCUCUGACCUGGAGAGCAUGCUGAACAACUUGGAUCUGGACGCCAUUGUUGAUAAUAUCAACCUUCUGCAUGAUGAUGCCAGAGACCUGCUUAGUCUCUUUGAGAGACAUGAUACCGCUGGACUCCAUACCUUGGUUGCAAAGUUGUCCCAAAUAAAUUCUUCUGAACGUAAACGCCUCAGGAUACGAGAAAGGAGAUUCGAGACGAGUCGAGAGCCAUAUGUUGAGUCGAACUACAUAAAACCUAGCAUCGUCGUUGGCUCUCUGGCUGCAAGAGACCCCGAUGGAGACAUUCAUGGUCCCUGGCGCCCAGAUCCUGUCCUCUACCUUGCUAAUCUUGCCUCGCAAAUGGUGGCAGUGUUGAGCACAAACCCCGAACACCGAUCCGACUACCUCCAAUACAUGUUUAAUAACUUCCCUCUGCCCUUCACCGACAUGGACCUCUUUGCAAUUGAGGAACCAAUGCUUGAUCAGACCGUCGACCUAAGCCUCGACAUUCUCACUCAAUUUUUCAUCUACCGAGCAAAAGCGGACCAAAAACGCGUUGAAUUCGACCCGGACGCCCUGGCCCGCCAAGUGUUUUGGACCGAUGAGGGAGCUUUGCGAGUCUUCGUUCAUGACAGCACCCUGGACAAGACCACCGAGCGCCUCCAAGCUCUGAGAAAGCAUUUCAGUCUUGACCCCCAGCAACCGGUGGACAUCCAUACUUUGGAAGAACAGUUUUCGUGGCCGGGCUUCGUCGUUGAAGUCACGAAGUGGACUAUGAGCCGCAAGCAAGACCUGGACCAAUUCAUCAGUUCAAUUGGCGGCAUAGAUACCAUCGCUGACUUCCUUUCCGCAAAGUUUCUGGCAGACAGUCAGCAGAUUAAGGAAGGAGCUCACGAUGAGCCCGAUGUUGGUGCAGAGCAUCGCGUGGAGCAGCGAGCCGUCGACCCCAAUCUUGGUCCAGCAUCCAAUAGGCAGGACAGCCCGGCAGGACCUCCGACAGGCAGCAAGCUCAGUUCCCGCCUUAAUAGGUUCAACACGCUCAAGGCAACCUAUGCUGCCAAGGCAUCAGGCGCCGACAUAAGCCUGGCUAUGGUGACCGAAGUUGAGUCAAUUCGCGAAACUCCACAGUCACCGACACCUGUGGAAAAUGAUGAUGACGGAAUGAUGGAUGAGGACCAAGCAUCCGCACAGUACCCGCAUACUUCUCAAGCGGGCGGCCAAACUGACAACGGUGACAGCCACAGCGAUGACGACAGCGAACUCGUUCGACAGAGGAUCGAAUUCUUCCGGACUGCUCGCCGACAGCAGGAACAGAGCGAAAAGGAGAAUAAGAAGAUGGCGGCCAAAAAGCCGUCUCUCUUAGAUCGACAAGAAGAUGCCGAACGAGUCUCUUUUUCCGAAGCUCCCGAAGAAGAUUACCCAGCUCCACAACCGCAUAAACGUCAGAGAUUAGAUAGUGAGCCGUCAGAAGAGGAGGAGGAUGCGUUCGAGAUAGACCAAAGAGCUGCGAAAAAGCGUCGAGUCGAUGAUGUACAAGAUAGGCAGCGAUCAGUGGCGGUCAGUGAUGCCGGCCGCAGGAUUCGUGGAGAGCCGCCCAUCACAGAAGCCGAUCCCGUUGUGGACAGCGACGACGACUACGUCAACAAUGAUGAUGAAGAUGAUGAUGAUGCGGAAAAUGAACCACAAGUUAUCCCCGCUACUCAGAGAUGGACGCCCAGAUCGACUCUAGCAAUGCAGGCUGCUCGCGCCGCUCAACAAGGCCUCACCCAACGGCGCCCUCCACCAUCGACAGCACCACAACCACGUCCGCCACCAACAAGUACGCAACAAUCAAGCCACACCCUCAACCGCGCACCGUUGGGAACCGUCAUCGGAUCUCGCCCUCCCGCCUCAAGCGCACCGAAUCCCCGGCACCGCGCUGCUCCCGCCGAGGCCCCCGCUCGCCGCGUGUCUCCUCCACGCCGCAAUGAUCCAUACGACCCCGAACCGCCUCGGUCCCAGAUCGCCCAGGUGAACCGGGAAGCCAAGCUGGCCACUCGACUGUCGCGCGAAUUCAGAUGCCCCAAAGUCCAAGUGCGCCGAGGCUACACGGACGAGGAAGUCGAACGUCUCAUGGAGAUGGUGGCCCUGUACGGAACAAGCUGGGCCACCAUUUUGAAAGAGGACCAGUUCCAUCCCGACGGACCGCGGCUACAGGGGCGAGGCCAGGUCCAGCUGAAAGACAAGGCUCGGAAUAUCAAGAUGGAUUUCUUGAAGUAUGUCUUUUUCCCUCCCCCAAUGUCCACGCUUGCCCCCUCAAUCAAUCCAUUGGAGUCCACAUUGCGUGGAAUCUGUUCUGUUUUUCUGAUCUCUGAUGUUUGA